CAUGAACUGUCAAAUUUGACAACCGCCUUUUAAACUGUCCAUUUGAAAUUAAUGUGGCUUAUGGUUGUGUCACAUUUUGAGGGCUUAAAAUAUUUAAAAUUAUUGUAACAUUCCGCUUGCAGACGUCAAAGUGUCAACACGUGUAUUUAUAUUGAGUUGCAAGCCUCGCAAUGAGCGACGGAACAUUUUCUCGAUACGAUAAGAACACUUUUCGUAUCGUUUAUUCCAAUAUUCCUGUGAAGCCUUCACAGAAUGAAACAAUUGAUUUCAUGGUGGACACCUUGAAGAUUGCAGUAGAAAAGGUGUCUUUGGUGCAGCUGAACGGUGUAAAGGGCAUUGUGUAUGUCACGAUGCAAACACUGGAGGAAGCUCAAGCUCUAGUGAGUGAACACGCUGGGAAGCACUUUCUGACACACGACGGGAAGAAGUUCCCUGUGACAAUCACCAUGGAGGACAACACAACAAUCGUGAAACUCCGUGAUCUGCCCCCUGGAAUACCUGACAGUGAUGUGAAGGCAGCUUUGUCUGUAUAUGGAGAGGUGAUUACGAUCACCAGGGAAGUGUGGGCACCGUCAACACGCUUUGCAGGGGUCGCCUCUGGAAUUCGAAACGUUCGAAUGAAAAUAACCAACCCCAUAAAAUCCUUCAUCACGCUGGGUGAUGAAGUGACCAGUGUGUCCUACCCAGGACAACGCCAAACUUGCCGUAGCUGCCAAGAACCAGUGCACCAUGGUCUUAAUUGUGUGCAAAGUCGGCAAAGCCGCUUUAGGGAAACCCUGUCCCAAAAUAAGGCACCGUCGCAAAAGGCAUCAUACGCUAAUCCCUUAUGCACAGCACCAACACCAUCACCAAUCCAAGCCGCUAGUGAACCGCCGUUUACUGUGGUCGGUAAUAAAAAGAUGAAGAAUAAACCAAAAUAUUCUUCUCUCGUGGCGUCCAAUGCGAAAGCAACUGUGGAUAAAAAGCGUGCUGCAGCAUCCACAUCAAAAAUCGCGCAUAGGCUCAUCGUUCCGAUUAGAGACGUGCAAAUUGCGAUUAACCGAAUGACACCCGAAGUGAUUACGCAGCAGAAGGCAAAAGAGCAAGCGGCACCGAUGGAAGAAGCUGCUAUCGAACUAACCGCUGCACUCGUCUCCGACACUGCUCCAACUGCCGCCGCCCCUACUAGCGGUUGGCCGAGUCUGCCCGUUCUCCAGCCGCAAGAGAAGGAAGCGGUAUUUAAAGUUCCGCUCGACAUUCCCUCCCAUCCCUCUUCCUUCCACUCCACUGAUGAAAUGCUCGGGGUAAAACGUAAACAAACUGCCGAGACGGAUAAUGAGAGUGACGGCUCAUGUCCUUCUACACACAGCCAAUCGAGUGUGACAAAGCGUAAGCCUGGUCGCCCUCCAAAAAGGUUCACUUACACACCUGUACCGAUGUAA